UUGAAGAUGGUCAUCUCCGUGGGGACUGUGAGGAUGUCCCAGAUGUGGAUGCUGAGAUGGGUCAUACUACUGGUUGGGCUGCAGUCACUGCAAGCAGACUUUAUGAAGGAUUAUGGAGAAAUUGACGUUACUAUGGACGUUAUGUGGCCAACAACAACAGCAUUCUCCAUGACAAAAGUACCGGUAACUACAGUUGAACCAAAUCCUGAUCAUCAGUCCACGGUCUGCAGCACAUGGGGAAAUUUCCACUUCAAGACCUUUGAUGGUCAAUUCUUUCAAGUGGCAGACACGUGCAACUAUGUUCUGACAGUGAUGUGUGACAUCCCCAUUUCUGAUUUUAACAUCCAAAUGCAAAGAGAGACUGUGAAUGGUUCAAUCACUUUCAACACAGUCACAAUAGAGCUGGAGGGGACAAUCAUCAAAAUCACUAAUGGCGACAUCACCAUGGGGAACGAAAAGGUGUCUGUUCCAAUCAAUAUGCAUGGAAUUCAAAUCGAGGGAAGUUCAACAAGUCUCAAGAUCUCGAACAAACAUGGAGUGACUGUCUUCUGGGAAGAAGACAACUAUCUAACGAUUGAACUUCCUGAGAAGUACCAAGGUCUGACCUGCGGACUCUGUGGAAACUUUAAUGGCAACAAGCAUGACGAUAUCACUGUUAGCGGUCCGGCCAAAUGGAAGGUUUCCACACCUUUGACUGAAACCUGUGAGGAAGUUACACUUCCACCCAGGGAUCAGUGUGACCAGACAAGCGUUUGCCAGCAGUAUCUCAGCAGUCCUGGGUUUGCUGACUGUUACAAUGUGAUGGACAUGAGUUCAUUUGAAAAAGUCUGUGAAGACGAUCUGUGUCAGUGUUAUGGAAAUUACGACUGUCUCUGCAACACACUCACAGAGAUUUCACGACAGUGCACUCAUGCUGGAGGAAAACCAGGAACAUGGAGGACAGAACAGCUCUGUCCAAAGACGUGUCCUCUGAACUUGCAAUACAUGGAGUGUGGGAGUCCGUGCAAGAACACCUGCUCAAAUCCGACCGCAAGUCUACUGUGUAAAGAACACUGUGUGGAUGGCUGUUUCUGCCCUAUUGGCACCGUGGAAGACAACAUUGGUCAGAGUGGCUGUGUUAAUGUGAACCAGUGCCCUUGUGAGCAUAACGGCGCAGUAUAUCAAUCAGGAGAGUCUUACAAACAAGCUUGCAAAAAAUGUGUGUGCGCCGCUGGACACUGGACUUGUACAUACCUGGAAUGUCCUGGAAUCUGCUCCGUUGUUGGAGGGUCUCACGUCACCACUUAUGAUGGAAAGACCUUCACCUUCAGUGGCAACUGUGACUACAUCCUCACUAAGCACUCUAAUGACAGUGACAUUGCGGUUGUGGGAAAUCUGGCAAAGUGUGAUCCGGCCCGAAAAGACACAUGUCUAAAUUCAGUCACCCUUGUCAUCUCAGGGACCACUAUUACCUUUUCCUCUGGAGGAUCUGUGACAGUGAAUAAAAUCAGUCCACACAUGCUUCCUUUCACCAUAGGUCCAGUGAGCAUUUUCCAGCCCUCGUCCUCUUUCAUCAUUGCUGAUAUGAAGAGUCUUCGUCUAGAGAUUCAGUUAGCUCCAGUCAUGCAGUUGUAUAUUGUCGCCAGCACUGAAGAGAAAGGGAAGAUGAGUGGUCUGUGUGGGAACUAUAAUGACAUCCAAUCAGAUGACUUUAAAACAACAUCGGGCAUCAUAGAGGGCACACCAACAUCCUUUGUCAACUUUUGGAAACAAAAUUGCCAAGAUCUUGAAAUCACAUUUGACAACCCCUGCAGCUUGAAUAUAGAAACAGAGCAACUUGCAAAAGACUGGUGUUCCCGUCUCACAAACCCAAAUGGCAGCUUUGCUGCAUGUCACUCAGAAAUAUGUCCUGAGAUGUACUACCAAUGGUGUGUCUACGAUACCUGCAAAUGUGCAGAUAUUAAGAAGUGUAUGUGUGCAGCCGUGUCCAACUAUGCCCACGUCUGUGCUGCCAGAGGAAUCAUUCUCCAUGACUGGAUGGAUUCUGAACCCUGUGACAUGAUAUCGGAGUGUUCAGGGAACAUGAAGUACUCCUACGGCGUGACCAGCUGUGGCAGCACCUGCCGCUCUCUCAGUGAACAAGACAACACCUGCCAAGGGUCCUUCACUCCUGUAGAUGGUUGCACCUGUUCUGAGGGAACCUACCUCAAUGAAGACGGAAGCUGUGUACAUGCUGAUCAAUGUCCUUGUUACUAUGGUAACCAGGUCAUAGCGCCAUCAGCAGUGUUCUACAAAGACGGUGCUAAAUGCACCUGUGACCUUGGAAAACUGCACUGCUCCAGUCAAGAAGACUGUGUGGCUCCAAUGACAUUCUUCAAAUGCUCAAAUCAUGGAGAAAAAGGAACGGAGUGUCAGAGAACAUGUGAGAAGCAAGACCCAAACAAUUGUGUGAGCAUGGGGUGUAUAUCAGGGUGUAUGUGUCCAGAUGACCUUCUGGCUGAUGGUAAAGGUGGGUGUGUGAACAGGGACGAAUGUCCAUGUACCCAUAAUGGAGUCCUCUAUUCACCUGGAGAGCAAGUUCAACAGGACUGUAACACCUGCACAUGCACAAAUGGGAUGUGGACUUGUACUAAAAAGGCAUGCUACGGCACCUGUACCAUCUAUGGUGAAGGUCAUUUCAAGACUUUUGAUGGCAGAAGGUAUUCCUUCCACGGAGACUGUGAACACACCAUAGCCCAGGAUUAUUGUGACACGAACCCCAGUCCCUCCUUCCGUCUGGUUACAGAGAACAUCCCUUGCGCAACCACCAGCUCCAUUUGCUCCAAGUCCAUCAAUCUGUUCUUUGGGAAAUACGAGAUGAUUUUAUCUGAGGAGGAAGAUGUGAAAGUAAUUGAAAGCAUUGGCACGGAGUACAGAUAUCAAAUCAGUUCUGCAGGCAUAUAUGUUGUCAUAGAGGUCGAAGGGCUUUUGAACUUAAUCUGGGAUAAAAAAACAAGUGUGAUGAUCCAACUCAAUAAUGAAUUAAAGGGCAAGGUGUGUGGACUGUGUGGAAACUUUGAUGGUAAUGCAAACAAUGACUUUAUGAAGCACAAUGGAGAAGUUGUGACAGAUCCAGACGAUUUUGGGAAUAGCUGGAAGGUGAAGCUCAGCUGCCCUGAUGUAACAAACGUGAUGCAUCCUUGUGACGCAAAUCCACAUCGACGUGCCUGGGCUAUCAAACAAUGCAGAAUCAUCACAAGCCCUGUCUUUGCAGACUGCCAUUCACUUGUGGAUUCUGGCCCAUACUAUGAUGCCUGUGAAAGGGACACCUGUGCAUGUGACAGUGGGGGUGACUGUGAUUGUCUCUGUACUGCAGUGGCAGCUUAUGCUGCUGAAUGCCGUAAAAGAGGAGCUUGUGUGACAUGGCGAAGACCAAACUUUUGCCCUUUAUUCUGUGAUUACUACAACAAACCUCCAGAAGAAUGUGAGUGGCACUAUAAACCCUGUGGAUCCACCUGCAUGAAAACCUGCAAAAACCCAUCAGGAACUUGCUCUGAUCAAAUUCCUCCCCUUGAGGGAUGUUUUCCUCAGUGCCCUUCAGAGAGGCCAUAUCUCAGGGAGGAGACUAUGAAGUGUGUCACAGAGGAAGAAUGUAAAGACUGUGUCUAUAAUGGGAAGGUAUUUCCACGUGGAUCAGAAAUUUACAAAACUACAGAUGGAAAUGGUGUAUGUUUCAUUGCUCUGUGUGAUUACAAUGGGGAAAUAAAAAGAAUUAUUACUGAAUCCUGUGGAACUACAACUUCAACACCUUUCACUUUCACAACUACACCUGAAACUACUAUAACACCCACAAUCACAUUCACUCCUACCACAACAACUACUGGGACAUCGACACCUACGUCAAUAGAAACAUCACCUACAACUGUUACAAUACCAACUACAUCAACAGAAACACCAUCCACAAUCACAUUCACUACUACACCAACUACUGGAACAUCAACACCUACAACUGUUACAAUUACACCAACAUUAACAGAAACACCAUCUACAGUUAGUACAACUACUGCUACAACAACAACUCCUACAUCAACACCUACAUCAACAGAAACAUCCCCGACAACUGUUACAAUAACACCUACAUCAAGAGGAACACCAUCCACAAUCACAUCCACUACUACACCAACAACUGGAUCAUCGACACCUACGUCAACAGAAAAAUCAACUAUAUCAACAGUAACACCAUCUACAAUUAGCACAACUACUGCUACAACAACAACAACUCCCAUCUGUACUCCUAAAUGCACAUGGUCAGAUUGGACUGACGGCAACACACCCAGUACAGAGCCAGAAGGAUUCGAAACUGAACCCAUAGAUGCAUUGUGGAAAUCAAAAAAGAUCACCUGUCAGAGCCCUGAAGAAAUUGAAUGCAGGGCAGUAAAUUAUCCCCAAAAGUCCCUGCAAGAUUUGGGACAAACGGUUUAUUGUAAUACAUCAUUUGGACUGUCAUGCUCAAAUGAAGACAAUGCAAAUAGCAUUCCACCACUUUGUUAUAAUUAUGAAAUACGUGUAAAAUGUUGUAAACCAGAAGACUACUGUACUCCUUCUACAACGUCUCCAAGUACACUAACAUCAACACCUACAACUGUUACAAUUACAUCUACAUCAACAGAAACACCAUCUACAGUUAGUACAACUACUUCUACAACAACAACACCCACAUCAACAGAAACAUCCCCGACAACUGUUACAAUUACACCUACACCUACAUCAACAGAAACACCAUCCACAAUUAGUACAACUACUGCUACAACAACAACUCCGACAUCACCAGAAACAUCCCCGACAACUGUUACAAUUACACCUACAUCAACAGAAACACCAUCUACAAUUAGUACAACUACUGCUACAACAACAACUCCCACAUCAACACCUACAUCAACAGAAACAUCCCCCACAACUGUUACAAUAACACCUACAUCAACAGGAACACCAUCCACAAUCACAUCCACUACUACACCAACUACUGGAUCAUCGACACCUACGUCAACAGAAACAUCAACUAUAUCAACAGUAACACCAUCUACAAUUAGCACAACUACUGCUACAACAACAACAACUCCCAUCUGUACUCCUAAAUGCACAUGGUCAGAUUGGACUGACGGCAACACACCCAGUACAGAGCCAGAAGGAUUCGAAACUGAACCCAUAGAUGCAUUGUGGAAAUCAAAAAAGAUCGCCUGUCAGAGUCCUGAAGAAAUAGAAUGCAGGGCAGUAAAUUAUCCCCAAAAGUCCCUGCAAGAUUUGGGACAAACAGUUUAUUGUAAUACAUCAUUUGGACUGUCAUGUUCAAAUGAAGACAAUGCAAAUAGCAUUCCACCACUUUGUUAUAAUUAUGAAAUACGUGUAAAAUGUUGUAAACCAGAAGACUAUUGUACUCCUUCUACAACAUCUCCAAGUACAAUAACAUCAACUACCUCAACAACUGCUGUUACUUCAACACCUACAACUGUUACAAUUACACCUACAUCAACAGAAACACCAUCUACAAUUAGUACAACGACUGUUACAACAACAACUCCUACAUCAACACCUACAUCAACAGAAACAUCCCCGACAACUGUUACAAUUACACCUACAUCAACAGAAACACCAUCCACAAUCACAUUCACUACUACACCAACUACUGGAACAUCAACACCUACAACUGUUACAAUUACACCAACAUUAACAGAAACACCAUCUACAGUUAGUACAACUACUGCUACAACAACAACUCCUACAUCAACACCUACAUCAACAGAAACAUCCCCGACAACUGUUACAAUAACACCUACAUCAAGAGGAACACCAUCCACAAUCACAUCCACUACUACACCAACUACUGGAUCAUCGACACCUACAUCAACAGAAACAUCAACUAUAUCAACAGUAACACCAUCUACAAUUAGCACAACUACUGCUACAACAACAACAACUCCCAUCUGUACUCCUAAAUGCACAUGGUCAGAUUGGACUGACGGCAACACACCCAGUACAGAGCCAGAAGGAUUCGAAACUGAACCCAUAGAUGCAUUGUGGAAAUCAAAAAAGAUCACCUGUCAGAGCCCUGAAGAAAUUGAAUGCAGGGCAGUAAAUUAUCCCCAAAAGUCCCUGCAAGAUUUGGGACAAACAGUUUAUUGUAAUACAUCAUUUGGACUGUCAUGCUCAAAUGAAGACAAUGCAAAUAGCAUUCCACCACUUUGUUAUAAUUAUGAAAUACGUGUAAAAUGUUGUAAACCAGAAGACUACUGUACUCCUUCUACAACGUCUCCAAGUACACUAACAUCAACACCUACAACUGUUACAAUUACACCUACAUCAACAGGAACACCAUCUACAGUUAGUACAACUAUUUCUACAACAACAACUCCCACAUCAACAGAAACAUCCCCGACAACUGUUACAAUUACACCUACACCUACAUCAACAGAAACACCAUCCACAAUUAGUACAACUACUGCUACAACAACAACUCCGACAUCACCAGAAACAUCCCCAACAACUGUUACAAUUACACCUACAUCAACAGAAACACCAUCUACAAUUAGUACAACUACUGCUACAACAACAACUCCCACAUCAACACCUACAUCAACAGAAAUAUCCCCCACAACUGUUACAAUAACACCUACAUCAACAGGAACACCAUCCACAAUCACAUUCACUACUACACCAACUACUGGAUCAUCGACACCUACGUCAACAGAAACAUCAACUAUAUCAACAGUAACACCAUCUACAAUUAGCACAACUACUGCUACAACAACAACAACUCCCAUCUGUACUCCUAAAUGCACAUGGUCAGAUUGGACUGACGGCAACACACCCAGUACAGAGCCAGAAGGAUUCGAAACUGAACCCAUAGAUGCAUUGUGGAAAUCAAAAAAGAUCGCCUGUCAGAGUCCUGAAGAAAUUGAAUGCAGGGCAGUAAAUUAUCCCCAAAAGUCCCUGCAAGAUUUGGGACAAACAGUUUAUUGUAAUACAUCAUUUGGACUGUCAUGUUCAAAUGAAGACAAUGCAAAUAGCAUUCCACCACUUUGUUAUAAUUAUGAAAUACGUGUAAAAUGUUGUAAACCAGAAGACUAUUGUACUCCUUCUACAACAUCUCCAAGUACAAUAACAUCAACUACCUCAACAACUGCUGUUACUUCAACACCUACAACUGUUACAAUUACACCUACAUCAACAGAAACACCAUCUACAAUUAGUACAACGACUGUUACAACAACAACUCCUACAUCAACACCUACAUCAACAGAAACAUCCCCGACAACUGUUACAAUUACACCUACAUCAACAGAAACACCAUCCACAAUCACAUUCACUACUACACCAACUACUGGAACAUCAACACCUACAACUGUUACAAUUACACCAACAUUAACAGAAACACCCUCUACAAUUAGUACAACUACUGCUACAACAACAACUCCCACAUCAACACCUACAUCAACAGAAACAUCCCCCACAACUGUUACAAUAACACCUACAUCAACAGGAACACCAUCCACAAUCACAUCCACUUCUACACCAAUUACUGGAACAUUGACACCUACAUCAACAGAAACACCAUCUACAAUUAGUACAACUACUGCUAUAACAACAACUCCCACAUCAACACCUACAUCAACAGAAACACCCUCCACAAUCACAUCCACUACUACAACUAUUGGAACUUCGACACCUACUUCAACAGAGACGUUACCUACAACUGUUACAACACCUACAUCAACAUACACAACCAAUACUAUCACACCAUCUACUGUAACAAUGACACCUACAUCAUCAGAAACAUCAUCUACAACUAGUACAACUACUGGCACAACAACACCCACAUCAACAAAGACAUCUACAAGAAUCUUUACUACUACAACAGGGAUACAUGUGGUUACAGGAGUUACUCCCAAUACCACCAGAAAUAACACAGUACACCAGUGUCAAUGCCCAUAUUUAACAGCAGUAUACUCACCAGGGUCAAUAAUCUACAAUAAAACAGAUCAAGCAGGUUGGUGCUUCACUGCCAAAUGCAACUCCUCCUGUGGUAUAGAUAUAGUUUCUCAGCCAUGCAAAUUACCAAGAGACUGCAAAGAAUUCAACAGAAAGCAUUUGGAAUCCUGGAUUGAAAACUGCAAAAACAACACAUGCAAAAACGGCAGUGUCACAUCAACACCUCUACAAUGUGGCAUAUCUGAUAAUGUCAUACCUAAAUGUAGCAAUGGAAUUAAAGCUAAGAAGGUGCCCUACAACAAUGGCUGCUGUUCUAAGUAUGAGUGUGAAUGUAAAUGUAGUGGCUGGGGUGACCCACAUUACCAAACUUUUGAUGGAACCUACUAUGCUUUCCAAGGAAACUGCACUUACGUUUUGUUCCAAGAAAUCAUCCCAAAAUACAAUAUCAGUGUCCAUGUUAAAAACUAUUAUUGUGAUGUUAAAAAUAAUCUUGCUUGCCCUGAGUAUGUGGUUGUAAACUACAAAUCCUAUAAAAUAAAGCUGACAAGCAACACUAAAGAGGUCCAGGUCUACGUUAAUGAUGAAUUAAAACAACUAACUUAUAUGAAUAAUGACUUCUUCAUCAUCACCUCUGGCAUGGCAGUAAUUGUGAACAUCACUGAAAUCAAAGUUGACAUUACUGUGAAUCAUCAAGGCUUUGAGAUCAAUCUCCCAUUCUCAUACUUCCAUGGUAAUACAGAGGGACAGUGCGGGGUUUGUGACAACAACCGUACAAAUGACUGCAGACGUCCCGAUGGACAAAUUGAUCAAUCAUGUGUGAACAUGGCAGAGCUUUGGAUGGUCCCCCCAGGAUGCAAAAUACCUCCAACUCAAUCUCCACCUACACAUCCAACUCCAUCUCCACCUCCCUGCAAUCCGACCAUUUGUGAUCUCAUCAAGAGCGAUAUGUUCAUGGAAUGCCAUGGGGUCGUUCCUUAUGAAAGUUAUUAUGAAGCAUGCAAAUAUGAUGUGUGCCAUAUGGGAAAUGGCUCUAUUGGUUGUACCAGUCUGGAGGCAUACGCUCUGCUAUGUGGCAAACAGGGUAUCUGUGUGGAGUGGAGAUCAUCAAAUGAACUCACCAAAAAGUGUGAAUACAAGUGCCCCAGUCACAAAGUCUAUAAGGGAUGUGGUCCUAAAGUUGAAAAAACCUGCAGUACAAGGUACAACGAUAUGUUUGUGGAGAAAGACUGUCAAAACAAUAACUGUCAUCAAACAUUUACGGAAGGCUGUUACUGUCCUGAUGACAAAUAUCGAGUUAGUUCAACGAUAGAUGCCUGUACAUCUUAUUGUGAUUGCAUUGGCCCUGAUGGAUUACCUAGACAGCCUGGGGAUACAUGGACCAUGGACUGUCAUGAAUACACAUGCUCCAAUGAGACCUUUGGUAUUAAAACUGUGCCUGUCGGGUGUCCGGCUGAAAAGUCCUGUGGACCAGGACAAAAGAAAAUAAUUGAAAACUGCUGCCUAACCUGCGUGUGUGAUGUCGAGCUGUGUCUUCAGAAGAAGUGUCCUGUGGGAUAUACGUUGGCAGCAAAUAAAUCUGAAGACAGUUGCUGUCCACCCUGUGUGCCCAAAGAUGUAUGUGUGUACAAUAACACUGAGUACCAGCCUGGAGUUCAAAUCCCCACAGAUCCCUGCAUCGAAUGUAACUGUCUAAUGGAUAAAGACCCAAAGACCCAACUACAUGUCGUCACGUGCGCUUCUAUCGCCUGUGAACCUUGCCCUGAUGGAUUUGUGCCUGUCCAAGAAGAAGGAGAAUGCUGUCAAACAUGCCAGCAAAAUAGCUGUUUUUAUACGGCGCCAGACAACACCACACAUAUUCUCAAGACUGGAGACACGUACAACUACAAGUGUGAGACUGUGAUCUGUCAACAAAUGAAUGACACAUUCAUGAUAGAGAAGACCAUAGCAACCUGUCCAGAGUUCAAUCCAGAUGAGUGUGUGCCUGGAACACUGACACUUGAUGCAGAUGAAUGUUGCAAUACUUGUGAGCUCAGGAACUGUGUACGUGUGAAGAACACCACAGAUGUUACUUUGAAUGACUGCAAGUCCAUCCAUCCCAUAGAAGUGACUUCCUGCAGUGGCCACUGUGACACAGAAUCAAUGUAUUCAAUGGGAGCCAACAUCAUGAUGCACAGCUGUUCUUGCUGUCGGGAGAUGAAAACCAGCGUUAAAAAAGUGCAGCUGAAGUGUUCUGAUGACCGUGUGAUCGAUCAUGACUACGUCUACAUAGAGAGCUGCAAAUGCACUCCAAUAGCAUGUGAAAACCAGAAGACUAGUGGAUAAAAGAUCCCAUUCAGUGUGUAUGCUAUACUGCUACAAUUCCAGAUAAAUUGCUAAAUACUAUGCAUAUAUUGGUGAAUGAUGGGACCAUUCAGCUUUCUGUUCUAUAACUAUUAUCUCUCAGGGCAUUUUCAGGGUAUUUUGUUUCUUCUUUAGCAAUGCAAAAUAAAAUGAUUUUCUUCUUGUGAAAUGAGUGCUGACUAUAAUAAAGCAAAAUAA